AUGUAUACACGAUUCCCAUUUAAUCAAUGUGAUAAUCCACAUUUAUUAGAUACUCCCACACUUAUUAAACAACAAUUAAAUUUAACUAUUUUUUUAGCAAUUGCAAAUACAGACAAUUCAUACGAUGAUGAUUAUAAUAAUAAUGAACAACUAAUAGAUGAUGAUGAUGGUUGUGGUGGUGGUGACUGUGAUUAUGAUUGUAGUGAUUGUGAUUCUUGUCUGUGUCUGUCUGAAAACUCAAGCAUACAAGAUGACGUCAUGGAUUAUAUAGAUAAAGAUCUUAUAGCUACUGAAGAAGAAGAUUUCCAUAUUCCACCAAGUCCAAUCAUUUGUCCUGUUGAUCCACCUAAACCUUCAUUAAAACAUAAUAAGAAUGAUAAUCAUCAUUCUAAUAAUAAAGCUUCCCAUAAUUCAAAUCAAUUAUAUUAUUUAGCCAAAAAUAAAUUAUUUCAUUAUAUUGAACAUGAAUUUUCAUCAGUUGUUCAUGAUGAAAAAUUUGAUGAAAUUAGAAAUUAUGUUGUUAAUUAUUUCUUUGAAUCAUUUGGUGAUAUUGAUGCCGAUCAAGUUUACGAAAAAGUUCUUCAUAAACAAUAUAAACUGAUAAUUAUUGAUAAACUACGAGAAUUAUUUGUUGAAAAAUAUGAAGAAAUGAAAAUUGAAGGAUUAGUUGAUUAUUUCCAUAAUAUCAUUAAUCUUAACGAAAAUUGUCCUGAAGUAAAUCCCAAGCUUUAUAAUAAAUAUUAUAAAAUUUGGAAAUUAAAUGUUAAGAAUUAUCGAUAUUAUGAUCAAGAUUAUUUCUUUGAUAUUUAUUUCAAUGAUGAUGAUUCUUUAGUGUUGAAUGCAUUCAUAAUAAAUUUCUUUCGGUUUAAAUAUUAUUUCACCAAAGAUAUCAUGAAUGAACAAUAUGAUGACGAUGAUGACGAUGACGAUGAUAAUGAACAAGAACAAGAAGAAAUACAAGAGCAACCACGUAAGUUAGUAGCACUAGAAAGCAAUGAAUCUUACCGAUUAGAUAGAAAGAAACCAAUCAUUUCUCCUAAAAGAAUACCAAGACAAAUGAAUGAUAUAAUUGAUGAUAUUUCAUUGGAAUUAUCCCAUAUAAAGAAACAAUUAAGAUUUAGUGAUGAUAUUAAUGUGAUAAAGGUAAAUAGAUGUCUACCGGUAGAUCAAGUCAUUUAUAAUAAGUUUGUUCAAGAAUUGAUGUGA